AUUGCAAUCGCGAUUACUUUUGUUACUAGUUUUUUUUCCACUGAACAUUCAAAAUGUUUACAGUGUUAUUUAAAUGUAUUCAUUUACUCUUGCUCCUACCUUUUGCUUCUCCAGAUGAUGAUGAUACAACUACUACAACAACUACUGAGGCAAACAGAGUAGAUUACGAAAAUUUGGACGCAUCGAUUACUUGUAAAUUUCAACCGAAUGGUCAUGACUGCGAUGGAAGUAAAAAGAAACUACCAAAAUUCUAUUAUGAUGUCAAAUUAGAAGAUUGCAAAACAUUCAACAUGGGUACUUGUUCGCAUAAUCUCAAUGCGCAUGAAACUUUGUCUAGUUGUCAUCAUGCAUGCAUAGAUGCUGGAAUGCAAACAAUCACCCAAAAUCUCUCUUCGGAAGUAUUUUGCAGACUGCAACCAGACUUUGGCCAGUGCAAUGAGUACCAUCCCAGAUGGUACUUUGAUAUAACAACGCGAAGAUGUAGGGGGUUUUCUUUUAGUGGCUGUGGAGGGAAUUUAAACAGGUUUAAAAGUCAACAGUCCUGUACUUCGACUUGUGGUUAUAUCAUGAAAUCUUUUAUUAAUUAAAAAUUUCUUGCUUAAAA